UGGGUGGCUCCAUCAGUUAAGCAUCCAACUCUUGAUUUUGGUUCAGGUCAUGAUCUCACAGUUCAUGAGUUUGAGCCCUAUGUUGGGCUCUGCACUGACAGUGUGGAGUCUGCUUGGGAUUCUCUCUCUCUCUGUCUCUCUCUCUCUCUCUCUCUCUCUCUCUCUCUCUGCCCCUCUCCUGCUUGUGCUAUCUCUCAAAAUAAGUAAAUAAACUUAAAAAAAACAAACAAAAAAACCUGAGGCACCUGGCUGGCUCAGUUGGAAAAUCAUCUGACUCUUGAUCUUGGGGUUGUGGGAUCCCAUGUUGGGUGUAGAGCCCAUGUUGGGUGUAGAAAUUAUUUAAAUAAAUAAAACUUAAGGAGAAAAAAAACCUGUUUAGUUACUGGAUAGGGCGAUUUAUGCCACCAAAAGUCCUCUAAAAUUGUACCUUUCUAGCUGUAGCUUUCUGGGGGAGGGAGGGUAACAGUGAAACAGGCAAGAUGAUUCUAGGUUCCCCCAGAUUCCCUUUCUUCCUAUAGUUAUAUUACUUGAUAACUAUUGCUUGCUAUGUUUUGCUCCUCUGAACCCCAUUCCUACUUUUCUAAACUCUUGGCAUCUAGUAAAUCUUCCCUGAUUGAAGAAGUCAGAGUGUUUUGAUUUUUACCUGAAAACCUAGCAGUUUUCAACUGGGAGUGAUUUUGCGCUCCCGGGGAAUAUUUGGCACAUCUGGAGACAUUUUUGAUUCUCAUGACUGGGUGUGCUACCGGCAUCUUGUGGGUACAGUCUGGGGUUGCUGCCAAACUUCUCCCACACAGGACAGCCCCUACAACAAAGAACAAUCCAGGCCAAAAUGCCACUGGUGCUGAAAUUAGGAAACUCUGCUGUAACUGGAGUCCCGGCCGCUACAUGUUGUGCUGGGAAAUGAAGCCUGUGACUUGGACUCCAUGGUGUCAGCUCUUGCCCUGGCUUUUUACCUGGCAAAGACAACAGAGACUGAGGAAGUCUUUGUGCCAGUUUUAAAUAUAAAACGUUCUGAGCUACCUCUACGAGGUGACAACAUCUUCUUCCUUCAGAAGAUUCACAUUCCCGAGUCCCUCUUGAUUUUCCGGGAUGAAAUUGACCUCCAUGCCUUGCACCAGGCUGGCCAACUCACCCUUAUCCUUGUUGACCAUCAUGUCUUACCCAAAAAUGACUCGGCCCUAGAGGAGACAGUUGCAGAGGUGCUAGACCAUCGACCCAUCGAGCAGAGACACUGCCCUCCCUGCCACAUUUCAGUUGAGCUGGUGGGAUCCUGCGCUACCCUGGUGACCGAGAGAAUCCUGCAGGGGGCACCAGAGAUCCUGGACAGGCAAACUGCAGCCCUUCUGCACGGAACAAUCAUCCUGGACUGUGUCAACAUGGACCUGAAAGUUGGAAAGGCAACCCCAAAGGACAGCAGAUAUGUGGAGAAGCUGGAGGCCCUCUUCCCAGAUCUGCCCAAGAGAAAUGACAUCUUUGAUUCUCUACAAAAGGCAAAGUUUGAUGUAUCAGGACUGACCACUGAGCAAAUGCUGAGAAAGGACCAGAAGACCAUUUGCAGACAAGGCAUUAAGGUGGCCAUUAGUGCAAUAUAUAUGGAUUUGGAGGCCUUCCUGCAGAGGUCUGGCCUCAUUGCAGACCUCCAUGCUUUCUGCCAGGCGCACAACUGUGAUGUCCUGGUCGCCAUGACUAUCUUUUUCAACAUUCACAAUGAACCAGUGCGGCAGCUGGCUAUUUUCUGUCCCCAUGCAGCGCUCCGAAUGAUGAUCUGUGGAGUUCUGGAAUGCUCCCACUCUCCGUCCCUGAAGCUGACUCCUGCCCCAAGCACCCACCCUAACCUCCAGGCCUAUCUUCAGGGCAACACCCAGGUAUCUCGGAAGAAACUUCUGCCUCUGCUCCAGGAGGCCCUGUCAGCAUAUUCUGACUCUGUGAAGAUCCCGUCAGGGCAGCCCGAGACCGAGGGUGUGUGCAGGGAGCAGGCGGACAAGGACUUGGACAGGGCGGGGAGCUCCCUGGUGCCUGGACUGAGUCAAGAUGAGGAGGAGCCUCCACUGCCCCCCACACCCAUGAACAGCCUGGUGGACGAAUGCCCCCUGGAUCAGGGGCUGCCAAAACUCUCAGCUGAGGCCAUCUUCGAGAAGUGCAGUCAGAUCUCACUGUCACAGUCGACUGCUGCCUCACUGUCUCAGAAGUGA